AUCCAAUUGUGCCCAUAGAAAUCAAUCACCCACUUCCUUGAACCCUCACAUCGUCGCCAACGCCUAUUGAGCCAUGGCUUCACGAGUGUUCAUGCGGACGGUAUGUACAGUACUCCGACUUGAUCAAUUGACCCAUUUCUGACUAUCCUCGCAGCGAUUUGCUCCCGUAGCAACCGGCGCUGUCCUUGCAGCCGGAGCGUUGUUCCCGCGAACCACUCUGCACGCAGAGUCUCCAAAUGGGUCCGGAGUAAGAUGGCAAAUCCAUGAUUUCUUGAGCCCGAGCUAAAGGGGUUUACAGGGCAGAAAACCAAUAUAUGACGACUACGAGGACGAACCAGCCCCUCCAGCAGCCAUAACUCGCCCAUCCCGCGCAGCUCCAACCCACACCCCAACGAAAUCCACAUCACCAACACCCACCGAUCGAUUGGCAGUUCAGAUAGGGAAGACGCGGAUGUUCUUAUAUGCCCAUGCGGCUGUGGCCGAGAAUAAGGUCAACGAGAUGAUGGAUUUAGCAUUAGACCUCGAAUCUAGUUUCACCAGCACAAUUGCCUCCUUAGCACCCGCACCACAAACGGGCGAGAAACUGAUGCCAGGCUCAAUAUACGUACUUGUAGCAGCCAUGACAGGAAGCAUCGUUUCCCGCAAUCGAAAUAUCAUGUUGAGGGCUGUGGUACCGUUGGCAGUUGGUAUUGGGGCUGGUUGGGUUGUAUUGCCAGUGACGAUGCGCAAUGUUUCGGAUUUGCUGUGGAAGUAUGAGCAGAGAUUCCCUGCCAUUGCGGAUGGUCACAUUCGAACGAGAGAGGGUAUUGAGAAGGCGUGGAGGAUGGCAAGAAUUCAUACCCAGCAGGUUGUCACGAUUGUUGAUGAUAAAGUUACUGCUGGAAGAGAAGCUGCGGAGGAUUGGGUCAAGAAGGGGAAAUGA